AAAUUCAAUGGUAAACAUUGUUUCAAUUAUAAUUAGUUUUACGGAAAAUAGAUAAAUUUCCUAGGUAUAAUCGUUACAAUGGAUUUUGAUGUAUUUACUGAUGAAAUAGAAUUUACAGAAACAUUUUAUAAAAAUGUGCUUAAUAAAUAUGUGAAAAACAUACCGUCAACACCUAGCGGGCCGAAUUAUCAAAGCAGCAGGAAGUUAUACGCUGAGGAGUGUUUAGCGGAGAAUAAAGAAGCGGAUUGUGCAUUUUAUCUUAGUGAAGCUGUUUCCGCGUCUGUAAGGACAUUGGCCGUAUAUAGAGAUGAACAAAUAAAGGCAUCAGCUAGUAAGACACACAAAAUUGCAAGUUACAUAAAGCCAAAAGAUGACAAGAUAUUUGCCAAACCUAAGUUAAAAAGUGAGAAAGGAAUUCUGGAUUUUCUAUCAAAAGAGGCCAAAAAAACUACAGAAGUGUUGGAUAAGUUUAGAAUAAAUGAUGAACUACCCUUUUACAAACAGUACAUGAGAUUUGGACCGCACAAUAAUACUGAAAAUUUAUUGAAAAUACUUAAAGAACUGCCUAAAGAAUGGACAAUAAUACAAUUAACAGCUGCAUACAACCCCAAUGAGAAUUUAAAGCCGCAGAAGGAAUUUAAAACUGAAAUCAGUUCAUUCUAUUUGACAAUGCUUAAAAAUGACUUUAUUGAUUUGUAUAAUGUUGGACCUCUCACUGUUAAUGUACCGGCUUAUGUACACAAAGAAGGAGAAAAGCCAUUAUUUAAAGAGUUAUAUUCUCUGCUAGAGGACAAUUAUAACACAAUUGGCAAAGCGCAGUUCAUCAACAAGAAGCGUUUGGUGCAGAAUUACUGGAGCAAACGUGAAGACAUUGAUUUGAGAAUGAAGGGCGUGAUAAAUGUGAUGGAGCGGGACUGGCUGGGAGGCUGGAGCUCGCUGCUCACCGGCAAGCUGCGGGACACUCAGCUGAGAGAUAGACUGCUCCGGUUUGUGGACACUGCUAUAGCUGAUUGGGGUUUUCUAAAAUUGACGACCAAACAAAAGAUUUUACUCUACAAUUUAAUAGACAGUUGUCAUUCAUUACCAUCCAAUCAAAUAAAAUCAUGUAUCAGAAGAAUUUUGACAGAACAUGGCAACACUGAAGAUAUAAGGAGAGUUAUAGACAAAUUAAUUUGCAAAACUUGCUGUAGACAAUUUAAAUUUCCCAAUGAAUUAUGUCUGAAAUGUUUAUCUAAAUGUUUCGAGGAGAUCCAUCAUGUCAGUUUGGUGAGCGGGAUCAAAGCAUUUUCUCAAGUGGCAACACAGGUGAAGGAGAGUGACGAGUGGGCAACACUGAAGACGGCUAAAAGGUGGCCUGUUAUUUUAAUUGUGGAUGAGUUUCUGGAUACAUUUCCAUGGGAGAUGUUGUGUGCAGUGGAAACUCAGCCCGUGUGUCGGAUGGAGAACAUACACUUCACAUACUAUUUGUAUAAAAUACAUGAGAAAGACUUUGUUGAUGGACAUUUGGUGAACAAAGCUGAAGUUGGCAGAUAUAUUAUUAAUCCAGAGAAGAACUUGGAGCGCAUGGAGAAGCGCAUGAGGUCGUUCGUGCAGUACUGGUGCGGGGAGUGGCGCGGACAUAUCGGACAUCCCCCCUCCCCACAGGACUACCUCCAGUACCUCACUGAAUCUGACUUCUUCUUAUACUGCGGGCACGGGGACGGGUGUCAGCUGGCGGGGGGCGGCGCCGGAGUGGAGGGGGCUCGCCCACACGGCGCCGCCGUACUCUCCGGCUGCGGCUCUGUACGUCUCGCCCCCACACCCGCACGUGCACCCCCCGCCGCCGCACACCACCAUCUGCACAUCGCCGCAUGCCCGCUGGUGGUGGGCAUGCUGUGGGAGGUGACGGACCUGGAGGUGGACAAGGCGGUGAGCGCGCUGCUGGCGCUGUGUGUGCCGCCCCGACCUCCCGCACCCGCACCCUGGCACUGCAUCCCCAAGGACAACUGGAGCCAGGGGGUGUUGGACACGAAGGUGGAGUACAAAGAGGAGGUGGAAUGUGAGCGCGAGGUGGAGGUGCUGAUGGCGGUGAGUCGCGCGCGCUCCGCCACCUCCUUCACCAUGAUCGCCAGCAGCAUUGUGGCCCGCGGACUGCCUCUGCGUGUUGAUGAUCAUCAUCACAACAACACUGUAUAAUAAACAACGGUGCUAACAAAACAAUAAGAGAAUUACAAUCUGUGAUGAAUAUAUAUUUAAAUAAAAACU